CAAGGUCCACUUCAUCGAUUCAGCGAUGGCGGACCAACCCAAAGUGCAGACUGAUGAAGAGGUUGAGCGGUCGGAUGAGGAGGUGGAGCUAGAUAUAUCGAAUAGCGACGUUUGCACCAAGUACCGAGAAGCGGGGAAGAUUGCGAACCUGGCGCUGCAGGGGCUUGUGCUUCAAGUCAAGCCUGGAGCGAAGGUCCUCGACCUCUGCAAGUUUGGGGACAUGGUUAUCACCAAAAAGUGCGGAACCAUUUAUCAAAAGAAGGUCAAAGGCAAGGCCAUUGAUAAAGGCGUCGCAUUCCCAACUUGCGUAUCAGUGAACGAGUGCGUCUGCCAUAAUUCACCACUCGAGUCAGACGCAAACAUUGAUGUCCUCAAAGACGGUGAUAUGGUAAAACUGGACGUUGGUUGCUACGUGGAUGGCUACAUUGCUGUUGCUGCGCACACAAUGUUGUGUGGUGAACAACCGAGUUUAGACAACCCGCUCUUGGGUUCCCAGGCAGAUGUCCUCCACGCAGCACACGUUGCCUGCGAGGUUGCACAAAAAUUGCUGCGGCCGGGGAAUACCAACUCCCAAGUGACCAAGGCCAUUCAUAAGGUUGCUGAGGACUUCAAUGUCAGAGCGUGUUCAGGUGUGCUCUCGCAUCGCAUGAAACGAUUUGUCAUUGAUGGUAACAAAGUCAUUCUUCUUCGCGAGGAGACUGAUCAGAAGGUAGAGGACUUUUGUUUCGAACUCAAUGAGGUUUACUCCAUCGAUGUCGCCAUGUCAACUGGUGAUGGCAAGCCAAAAGAAAUGCAGUCUCGGACCACCAUCUUUAAACGCUCUGUAGACAAGAACUACAUGCUAAAGAUGCGUUCGAGCCGAACGCUUUUCAAUGAGGUUAACGCCAAAUUCCCUGCUUUACCAUUCACUUUGCGCGCGCUUGAAGACGAGCGACAGGCACGCAUGGGUGUCGUUGAAUGCCUCAAACACGAGCUCAUCCAUCCCUAUCCCGUUCUCUUUGAAAAGAAAGGAGACCACAUUGCUCAUUUUAAAUUCACGGUUUUACUCCUCCCCAGUGGGCCCACACGUAUCACUGGUCUGAAAUUUGAGGCGGAGACUAUCAAGUCCGAUAAGAUUCUCUCAGAUGAUAUCAACGCCAUCAUGUCCCUCGCCUCCAAAAAAAAGAAAAAGAAGCCGAAAAAGAAGGUUGCACCGGAUGCCGCUUAAAUCCUGUCCUUUCGGUUCUUUGCCUAGUGAGUGCUUUGUCUUCCUCAUCGAAAGGAACCUUUGGAACUGCCUGGAAUACAAGAUGCAUGCGAAUUACACGCUAUUACGCGAGCGAUAUCCCUAUCCUCUAGCAUGACGCCGACCGUCCUGGGGCAUUGAUUCGGUGGGUCUUGUCGAUUGUCCUUAAGCUGUGCACGGGUGCGGUACUGCGCCGAGUCGCAAUCCCUGAGCACGCACCUGGGUCGCUGGCGCGUGGCCACACCAGCCUAGAGAGACAGGGAGAACCUCGUAUAUUUAGCGGCUCGCUAGCACCGUUCUCUCCAUAAGCUCCCAUGGUG